GGGUAAUAGCUGAACGUUAGGGCACAUUCAUUGAGGACAGUAAUGAAGGCCCGACUCCCAGAGCUCUAGAGCUAGCGUAUGGCGAUGGUGAAAAUAUGAUCCGUUGUAUAUGUUGAAGAUAGUUUAGAUCCAGAUUCGUACAGCUCAUUGUGUUAAUCGAACAUAUAUUAACAAUGGAAAACUCUCCGAAAUUGGAGAAAUCAGGUAAACUUGCUGCAGAUGACAGCAUAUCGGAAAGACCGCUUAUUACUUGGAAAGCAACUCGACGUCGUGCAAGUCUGCCUUUACUUGAACCGAGUAGCACAUAAGUGAUGGUUGGUGAUGUUAAAGAAGACGCAACUUGUAUGCUGUCGGUGAUGCAACUGAACCAGAUGGUGCCCGCGCAAAGCGUGCAAAAGUGUGUGCACGUAAAGCAAGCCAGCCGAUCAGUGACAACUUUGUUGAUGAGGGCCCUCAUCCGCUUGUGGCUGAAAACAAAAAUGCUCGCGAUGUUAAGGGAAAGAAAGUAAUGGAUGACAGUGAUAAAAUUGACAUCAACGAUGUGGAUGCCGUUGUUAUUGGAAAUGGUAUGGACAGCGAAGAUGACGAGCUGUUCCCGAGCCUGAAUACGAGGUCGUCAUCUACCAUAUUCGUGAAGGCAGUUUCUGGUUUGUCGGAUGCUCAGAGGAACGCUGUUCGUGAGAUGGGUCUCGGAUCUUUGUUAGAGUUGACUAUAACAGCCACACCAUUGAAGAUGGGCUUCUGGAUAGUGAACAACUUCAAUCACAUGGAUCGAAAGUUGCAUUUAUAUGAUGGUGAAAAGGUGCACAUCAAGGAAGAAGAUGUGCAUGCGGCAUUCGGCUUCCCUCGUGGACAUAUUGACAUUAGAAACAAACAGAAGAGAGCUACAUCGGAGCUGCUUGAUGAUUGGGUUAGGUUGUUCAACGUUAGAAUACAGUCGAAUAUUACGGUGUCAAAGGUAUUGGAUAAGAUUCAUGAGUGCGUAGAUGGUGGAGACUGGUUCAAGCGUCAUUUUCUCGUGCUUAUGGUUACCUGUCUGUUUGAGAGUUCUUCAAAUGGAAUAGCAAACUUCCGUAUAGUUCAUAUGCUCGAUGACCUAACAAAAGUAUGCAAGAUGAACUGGUGUUCGUAUAUGAUUCGAUGCCUUGUGGACACGAAGAGAACGUGGGAUGCCAGUGGUAAACAAAAGAAGGAUACUGGUCCAUUGUUGUUUAUGACGCUAUUUUAUGUGGACAAGGUUGUUCUGUCAAUGAGAUCUAUUGACAGAUCGUUUCCGAUUUUUCUUUUAUGGACCAAUGAGUCAUUAAGAGCUAGGGAACAGGACGAGAUUACUGUUGGAGCAUUUGGAAGGGGAUUUGUCGAUGCGGACACGCAUGUGGUCGUCGACUAUCACAAGUCUGAUAGAGAUGGAGCAACAACCAAUGAUAACAAGGGCAGGAUCACAAUGGAAUCCAAUGUCCAGGCUUACGUCCAAGAAUUUGCGUCUAAAACUCGACUUCUCGCUACAAUUGGAGAUGAAAUUUUACAGUUGGUUAAUAAGGCACCCCAAAAGUUGUUAGGUGUGUAUAUUGAUUCGCCUAAAGCAAACCCCGACAAUCAUGAUCCAAGACGGCAAGAUCAUACGGUCCCUGCGAGUGAUAUAGCUAAGGACAAUGAGAAGGGUGCUACAUACCAGGUAGUAGACGAUGCAUUUUGGAAUGAUCCUGAAACAUUAGCGGCAAUAGAUGCAAUUUUGAAGGCGGUUGAGCGAUGUGAUCAUUUCAAGAGGAUGCAGUUUGAUGUUCCUAGUUUUAGCUUAGGCAUAUUUUCGGAUGACGAUGAUGAAUAUGACACCUGUCAACAUACUAGCAGUGUUGCUGGACACGAUGGAAAGCAUCAAAAUGCUGAGAAGUCACCAGGUAUAGAUGUGCAAAGAGAUCAUACGGCAAUCGGUGAAGAAAUUGGGUUGCAUAACAAAGAUCCUGUAACUGCAGAAACUGCUGGCGAAAUAUCUCGUGGUGAUGAUGUAAAUGUGUCUCCGAGGCCAAAGAGGCGCAUCAAGCCGACCAGUGUGACUAAAUCACCUUAUAUGAAGAGGGAAAUUGAUGUGACUAAAAAGCUCGAUGGGGAUGAGAAGAUGUGUGUGAACUGGAUACUGAAGAAUGGCGUUCUUGAUGAGUAUGGAUUUGUUUAUAUAGUGAUUAUUGUAUUCAAUCGGAAAACGGAAGAAGUGCUAAACUAUAAAAAGUUUGCUCAGACGCUAGACUCGGAAAUUGCUCGAAUGUCCAUUUACCAAUUGAAGCAAAUACAUGUGUUUCAAGGCGAAAGGAACCUGGUGAAGAAAUCCAAAUUAAUUGGACUGGUUGUCCCUGAAGUGUUUGACACGGCGUGGACUGAGGGUGUCGACAGGGCAGACAUCGGGGUGAUCACAAUGCGCCACAUGGAAACGUUUAAGGGUGGCAUCGCGAAAACUUGGAACCCGCAACUGAAAAAGGCAGACAAGGGCCAGAUCAAGCUUAUCAGAAAGCGCUGCAUCUGUGUUAUAGCCUUUGCACUGAACAACAAGUUGAAUGAACUCAAUCUUGUAGAAGCACAAAGGUUUCACCUGUCUUGUGAAUGUUUGGUGUCUUUUGACGAACUCGAUCAUAACGAUGUAGGUGUUGACGCAUGGGGUUUUGUGAAUGCUUUUGCGUUUUGGACGUCAGUUUGA